AGAAACAUGUCCUCUCUUAGAAAAUCCGAGCAACGGAAAAGUAGUAGUGGAUUGCUAUGAGCCUGAUUGCAGAGCAGUUGUUGAAUGUAAUGAAUGUUAUGUUGCAAAAGGAUCUUCAAAACUGAAAUGCAGAUCAAAUGGAUCCUGGAAUAAACAAAUAAUUGCAACAUGUGAACCUAAAGGUGAUGCUUGUAUUCAAGACUCUGAUUGUGCCAUUGGUACAUGCUCAAAUUGCAAAUGUUCAAACAAGGUAUCAAAACCAGCAAAAACUAAAGGAGUGCCAACAGAAGAUACAGGAUGUGAACUUGACAGUGACUGCUCAAAACCCCAAGGGAAUACGUGUGAACAAAAUAAAUGUGUGUGGAAAUGUGAGCCUUUGACUGCUCCAAAAAAUGGUCUUAUAAGUACUCCUGGAACUGGAUAUGUAGGAUCCUAUUUUAUAUUCGAUUGUCUGCCUGGGUAUAAAUUACUUGGGUCAAAAGGUCGUACAUGUGAAGUUGGUGGCAAAUAUGAUGGAGAUAAAACUAAAUGUGUCCCAGAUAAAGUUAAAGAUGCAGAAGCCGUUUCCAAAUGCGAGGCUUUGCCUGUUCCAAAGAAUGGCAUGAUCAUCCAAGAAGGGACAGGGUUGGAAGGAUCAAGCGUAACAUUUGGCUGUGAAAAUGGUUUCAAUUUAAUUGGCUCAGCUACACGUACCUGUCGGUCUGGUAAAUAUGAUGGAGAGAAAACCAGAUGUGAAGCUGUUCAAGCUGCAGAAUCGACAGACGCAUGUCAACCAAACCCAUGCCAGAACUCUGGGAGGUGUAUAAAGUUAAGAACUGGUGGCUUUAGAUGCAUCUGCAGAUCCACUCAUAUGGGAAAAACAUGUGAAGUAAAAAAACCCUGCAUACCAAAUCCAUGUAAGAACUUUGGUAGAUGUGCAACUGUGGGGACUAACUUUAGAUGCACUUGCAGAACUGGAUGGUCAGGAACUACAUGUGAGACAAAGGCUGGUGGUUCAACCGGCAAUGCAGCUACUGGCAAAUGUGCAUCCGCUCCAUGCAAAAAUGGUGCAACAUGCACAGCCACAGCAACACGUUAUACAUGCAAAUGCGCGACAGGCUGGAAAGGUCUAACAUGUACACAGAAAGCAGUAGUAAACCCCUGCUUACCAAACCCAUGUAAGAAUGCUGGUAGAUGUGGUAGAGUGGGAACAAACUUUAAAUGCACCUGCAGACCUCCGUGGACAGGAACUACAUGUGAGACAAGAGUGGUCAAAACUCAGGUUUCGGAAGCAUGUGCUGUUAACAAAUGUAAAAAUGGAGGUACAUGUCAUGUACAUGUCAAUGGUGUGUCCACAUGUGAUUGCCCCCCAGAACACCCUGGUGCACUUUGUGAUGAUGAAAGACAGGGAGAUUUAACGAGUUGUCGACCCAAUCCAUGUAAGAAUAGAGCAAGAUGUACUGUGUCUGCUGGUAGAGCCAGUUGUGCAUGUCUUGCUGGAUCUUCUGGGACCACAUGUGAAAUAAACCCAGAUGAUUGCAAAACUAGACCAUGCAAGAAUGGAGGAACUUGUGUUGAUGGCCUUAAUAAAUACACAUGUAGAUGUGUUCGAGGAUACAUAGGCGCCAACUGUGAAGAAGAUAAAAAUGAAUGUGCCCCAAGGAAUCCAUGUAGGCAUGACUCAGAAUGUAUUGAUUCUAUUGGUAAGGCAAUCUGUAAAUGCCCUACUGGGCUGACUGGAGACUUUUGUCAAAUUGACAAUCUGAAUGAAUGCGAUCGUAAUCCAUGUAAAAAUGGUGGACGGUGUGCUGAUGGACCUGGGAAAGCAAUCUGUACAUGUACUGCCCAAUUCGUUGGUGAUCUAUGUGAACAUGCCAGGGAUGAUUGCCAUCCAAAUCCUUGUAAAUUUGAUGGAACAUGCUCUAACACUGGAUCUGCCAAAGAUGGUGGAUUUACUUGUCGUUGUAAGACUGGUUACACUGGAGCAACUUGUGCAACAAAUAUCAAUGACUGUCUACCGAAUCCCUGCAAAAAUCGAGCACGGUGUAAAGAUGGUGUUAACAGCUUUACCUGUUCAUGUUCAGCUGCUUGGGAGGGCAAACUAUGUGAGAAAGAUGUGAAUGAAUGUCUUCUUGGAAAGUGUCUGAAUGGUGCAAAAUGUCAAAAUACAGAAGGGAAGUUUACCUGCACCUGUGUCCCUGGAUAUUCAGGAACAACUUGUUCUUCAAAUGUCCAAGAAUGUCGCAGUAACCCAUGUCAAAAUGGUGCAAAGUGUGUUGAUGGGGUAAACAGGUAUACUUGUGAUUGCCCUCCAGGUGUCUCUGGUACUCACUGUGAAAGAGAUGUUGCUAAUGAAUGCUCACCUAACCCAUGUCUAAAUCGUGGUCAGUGCCAAGAUUUACCAGGAAACUUUAAGUGUACAUGUACAUCACAAUGGGGAGGACUAAAAUGUGAAAUACCUAUGGACGCAAUUGACCUUUGUACCCAGGAUAGCCUUGGCAACAGAAAAUCUAAUCCAUGUAGAAAUAAGGCUACCUGUGUGAGCAGAACGGGGUCUUACACCUGUCAGUGUAUUAAAGGGUACACUGGGAAACACUGUGAAACUAAUAUUAAUGACUGUGUACCAAAUAAAUGCCAGAGAGGUGCCAGGUGUAGGGACUUGGUUGGUGACUAUAGCUGUAGCUGCCCACGUGGGUACUCUGGCAAAAACUGUGAAGCAGAGACUGAUGAGUGUGCUUCAGGCCCUUGUCUCAAUAAUGCAACCUGUAUAGAUCUCGUAGGAAAAUUCACCUGUAAUUGCACUCAAGGGUUUUUAGGAUCAACAUGCAAUAUUGAUAUUGAUGAGUGUGAAAGUGAUCCAUGCCUCAAUGGUGCAACUUGUGAGAAUUUGCCAGAUAGAUUUUACUGCGCAUGUAGAGAAGGCUUCAGUGGACCACAAUGUGAAAAAGAUCUUGAGGAUGACUGUUUCCCGUACCCAUGCAGGCAUAAUGGUACUUGUAUAGAUAUGGAGAAGGACUAUAGAUGCGCCUGCCAACGAGGUUAUGCAGGGAAGGACUGUGAACAAGAUAUUGAUGAGUGUGCUGAAAAGCCAUGCAGGAAUGGUGGAACUUGUCAUAAUAUGAUAGCAAGCUUUUCAUGUGACUGUAUGCCUGGUUUCACUGGGGGAACAUGUGAUGGAGAUAUUGACUACUGUGCUAGUGAUCCAUGCUUCCAUGGCGGCACCUGUCGUGACCUUCUACUCACUUAUGAGUGUGACUGCCCUAAAGGUUUUGUUGGACUUGACUGUGAAAUAGAUAUUGAUGAGUGCUUAUCAAGACCAUGUAGAAAUUUUGCUACUUGUGUGGAUGGGGCUGACAGCUUUGAAUGUCAGUGUGCAGUAGGAUAUACGGGGGUAUUCUGCGAGACAGAUAUAGAUGAUUGUGCUCCAAAACCUUGCCAGAAUGGUGGCACAUGUAUUGAUGCAGUAAAUGGAGUGAACUGUGUGUGUGAGAAAGGAUGGACUGGUGAGCAUUGUGAAACAG